AUGGCAGAGGGCUACCAGGUCUUGGAAGAAUUGGGCAGCGGAAGCUUCGGAAAGGUAUACAAGGCCAUCGAAAAGGCCACAGGCGAGACGGUUGCCAUCAAGCUGAUCGACCUCGAAGAGAGUACCGAUGAGCUGGCCGAUAUUCAAGCUGAGAUCAAUUUGCUGGGCACCUGCAAAAGCCCCUACGUUACCGAAUACAAAACGAGCUUCGUCCGAGGCGUGAAGCUAUGGAUCGUUAUGGAAUUCCUGGGCGGAGGCUCGGCGUUAGACCUGAUGGCUCCCGAACCCUUCGGCGAAGCCCACAUUGCCAUCGUCUGCCGCGAACUAUUGCUUGGACUCGUCUAUCUACAUGGCACCGGCAAGAUCCAUCGAGAUAUCAAGGCUGCUAAUGUCCUACUCACGGAUAUGGGCAAAGUCAAACUGGCCGAUUUCGGCGUCGCCGCGCAGUUGACGAACCUCAAGUCGCAACGGAUGACGUUUGUCGGAACGCCAUAUUGGAUGGCACCAGAGGUCAUACAAGAAGAAGGCUACGACUUCAAGGCAGACAUCUGGUCGCUAGGUAUCACUGCGAUUGAGCUAGCCAUGGGGCAGCCGCCGCACUCAGGUUCUCAUCCCAUGAAGAUCUUGUUCACCAUCCCGAAGAACCCAGCGCCGCGGCUCGAGGGUAACCAAUGGACAAAGGACUUCAAGGACUUUGUGUCCAAAUGUCUGGUCAAAGAUCCCGAUCUACGUGCUAGCGCAAAGGAGCUUCUGGAACACAAGUUCAUCCGGAAGGCGGGCAAUAUCCAAGCUAUGCGAGAGUUGAUCGAGCGCAAGCAGAUGUACGACGCCCAGCAGGAGACCACUAAGCACGUGAAGUACUAUGAAGAGACCAUGGUUGAUCUCUCCCCGAAGAGCGACGAAGAUGAGUGGAACUUUACAGUCCAGCAGCCAAAGACGGUCAAGAUUAGUGCUACGCCUUCCACGACAAAGCGCCGCAAACCACCACGUAUGCCCUCUGGCGAGGUCAACGCAUGCGUUGCUACGAUGCAGCGCAUGGAUCUAAACGCCGCACCACUGGGCAACAUCACAGACUCGCCAUUACCCGAACGACGCCGGCCGUCGUCUCGUUUGUCGUCCACGGGAACAGCUAUUCGUGUACCUUCUGGGGCAACGCCAACGGCUCGGCGCGUUGCAAAUGUUCCUAAACAGCCUUUGGGUGUGGAUCUCACUUUCGGCAACUCGCCCUCCACAGUCCGACACUUCAAGCGUGUCUCCUCAGGCGAGCGGCGAGCAGCCCUUCAAUCGAAUCCGAUUGACACUGGGAAUUCGUUCCAUCCCAAUCCCCAGGCAAAGACAUUCCGCCUAUCGCCACCCAAUUCAGCACAUCCCUUAGACAUCCACGACGAGAAUACACCCCCGCCUACGGACUACCCACCUAUGCCUAUCACGAAGGAUGCACUAUACGGUCGACGUGCGUACAGCAAAGCUCUCGAUUCGGUAUUCCAAGAAGCCCAUGCGGAUUCUGCAUCGCCCCAGCAGCGCGAAGCCAUGAGUCGAGUGCACCAGGCCUGGGCUCACCUUGACCAGAUGGACCCUGAAGGAGAGUUUCUGCUCCUGAAGGCAAUGGUGGACCGACUGCAAGGAGACUCCAAGCUCGCUUCUGCCCUUGGUAUCACUGUGUCGCCUGCACCGACUCCCAUUCCCAAACAGCACAACACCAAGUCGAGCGAAUUCAGCUUGGCGGGCACAACAGUACAUGGCAACGGAACAACUCGCGUUCGCGCCAACACAUCGAACACCGCAUCCGCCUUUACUAAGCCCUCGCCCACGAACGAAUUCGCUGCUUCUCCUGUGCGACCACGGACACCAUUCGACUCUCCCAACGGCACGCCCACCAGCAACAGCUCUGGCUCCCCAAUCAAGGGCCCGAAACUUGUCCUCGCGCAAAACAACCCGCAUCUCAAGUCCCACCGUCGUCGACAAAGCGCUUUUGUGGGCGGCGAGAAGGUGUUUGGGUUUGAUGCUGGUGAGCUGAACGAGAAGAAGCUGCCAGGUCAUGUGGAACAAGGUAUGGAGCAGCAAGGUCUGCUUGCUGAUAUUCUUUACGGACAGUGGAUGCAGGGGCUGAAGAGUCGGUGGCCGCUGGCGUAA